AUGUCUGGUACCUCUCUGGCGUGGACUAAAGUCAUUGAUAAAUGCCUCGAGGCUCUUCAGCGUGCCGAAGUCGCCAUCAACGUGAGCCGACCGUCGCUCGGCCCCGCGUCUAUCACGGCUCAACGGACAAACGACACCCUCGUCUUCGCGCACAAUCGCCUCUCUCAUAUCCGUGAGAUGACCUUUACGAACCAAGAUAACACAGCUAUAGCGAAAUCUAUCCUGUUAUGUGUCUCCAAUACGCUCAUGAGUGUGCAGAAGAUGGUCACUGAGUCUCUGACGGCGUUCCCAGAUGCUCCUUGGCCACUUAUCUUCGCCAAGAAAGCCUUCUGUUCUGUCCAGAAAAGUAUUUUCGCUGGAGUCAAUGGCCUCUCCGACAAGAGCUUCCAGUCCAAGGUUGCGCCCAAGAUGCACAGCACCUGCAAAGAUGCGAACAGGGAACUGCUUGCUGCCCUUGAGAUUGCCACUGCUACCAAACCUUUGGCCAUUCACAACGUUUAUAAUCAUCUCAACAAACUCAAGGUCGGCCCCUUACUCUCCUACUUGGACUCAUGUUCCGGCCAUAGCAUUCUUCUUGGAGACUUCAACUACCAUCACGAGGACUGGAACGGCGAUCAAAAAGACGGAAACGAGCACGUCGGGCAAGAAGGCGCGAUGACCUACCCCAAUUCCAAGGAUGUAUCGAAACACAGCUCGACCAUCGAUUUGACCUUUGCCAAGGAGUCGAUCAGUGCGUCCAUUGGGUACUGCGAAGUGCUCCAAGUGCCAGGGUUCCUCAGUGACCAUCGCGUCAUUGAAACAUCGGUCAAGAGAACGGUGAAGACGCUUGUUAAGACUAUGCCCUGCUGGCACAAGAUAACUCCCAACAAGUUCCAGCGUCAUCUCAAGCCCCGCCUUCCACCUCUCGAUAGCCCGGUUGGCAACGAAGAGCAGGUUGUUGCCUUAUUUGCCAAGGUCAUAGAUGCUCUACACGUCACUAUGAUGGAGAGCGUGCCUAGGAGGUCUUGCGGUCUCAGACCUCAAGGUCAACGAACCAUGCAGCUGGCAUCCAAGUUGAGAAAGCGACUUGCAGAGUUGGACGAUCUCAAGAAGAAGGAUCAGACGCCCAAGACAUUGAAGAGGAUAUUGUUUCUCGAACGAGACAUCGACAAGUUGAACACUGAGAUGUGGAGUGAGUCCGACCGCGACAAGACUAUACCUCCCUCGGCGAGAGCAUUCUUCAACGUGUUCAGGUUGGCCAGGGGCAGAUCUCAACCACUUCAGUUUGCUCAGACCCCAACACUCAAGUACGAGGGCGACAGCGAUGCUGGCAACGAACCGCAACUUGCGGUAACAGAUGAGCAAAAGAUUGAGAUGAUCAAGAAGGUCAAGUUCCGCAACAACAACAAUCCCGAGUCUACGAGGAUCUUGGAGGAGCCUGGUCCAAGGCACGAUCCCAAGCGAGAGGACAUUCACAUACCCCGGGACGUCGAUGCUGAGAAGCUUCGGACCAUCAUCAAGGGUCUCAAGAACAACAAAGCCCCGGGACCGGACAAGGUCCCCAACGAAGCAAUCAAGCUCGGCAUGGAGCUUUUGCUGCCUUACUUUGUGCUUGGAUUCAGAGCCUGCCUCAACCUAUCACUUCAUCCCGCCAACUUCAAGGAUAGCAUCAUCGUCAUGCUACUGAAGGCUGGCAAGGAGCCAGACAAGCCCGAGUCUUACAGGCCCAUUUCCUUACUCUCGACCGUCGGCAAACUUUACGAAAGGAUCCUCGCCGACAUGAUGCUUGAUGUCUUGAAGGAACACCUACAUCUCCUUCCUGCAACUCAGUUUGGUAACAAGACAACAACCGAGGCCCUGCAGUAUCUCUUUCGUAUCAUCUUCAGUACUUGGUGCUCCAAUAGUGAUGACGUCGUUACGAUGCUCGGUCUGUACAUGAGCAGUGCCUACGAUAACGUCUAUCGCCAGAAGCUUUUGCAAAUCCUGUACGACAAAGGUUUCCCCAGAUGGUUCGUCGACAUCAUCGGGCUUGUACUUUCACUGCGAGAUGCCACUAUGCGUUUGCCCGGCAUCAUCUCUGAGCCUUUUGAGCUGAACACGAGAAUCCCCCAAGGAUCGCCCAUUUCUACUGUCCUCUUCUUCUUCUUUGUUUCUCCUCUCGAGACCGUCCGCCUAUACCAGUUCUCUUUGGUGGAUGACGUCUACUACAUCGCGGUGUCUCGCAGCUACACCAUCAACUGUAGAGGACUUGAAAUCCUCCAUGAGCAGAUGUUACUAAUCGCCAAGGAGCUGUUCAUCAACUUUGGUUCUCAGAAGUACCACGUCAUGCACAUGAGACUACCAACCGUUCGACAGCCGACCCACAACCAAGAAGUCGAUGGUGGUUAUGUUCACGACAGCGACUCAGACAAACUGACCCAGGCUGAUCACCAGCCUAUAAGCUUAUCUCUACGCUAUGCUUGCCGAUCUGUUGCAGAGGAAACAAAGUCAUUCCCGUUCAAGCUAAAUUCCAUCACCUUCUCGACCCUUUAUCGCAAAGACCUUCAGCAUCAAGCAGCGAUACACAGUACCCUCAUUCGGUUCCAUACCGUGUUGCUAUCUGAGCUUUUACUACGAAUGAGACAUUUUGUCACUCCUGAUAUGUUUUAUGAGGUCGAGGAAGUAGCUCCUCAAUACAUCAAAGCUAUCAAGUGGCGCAUCAACGACUGCAUCGGAUACGAUCAACACCCUGAAUUGCCACCACAAGAUUUCGAUGAUGUUGCGAAUUUCCACAAUCUAGGAGUUCUCACCAGAGCAAAGCUAGAUUGGAAUGAUAGCACUCUUGGGUUCCAACGCGCCAUUGUUUGUAUCCUGCGCCAAAUCAAUGCGAAGAACGCAGCCGAUAUCGCGGAAGCCAUCAAUGAGGCUUUGCCAGGAUGGACCAAGUCAUCCUCACCGGAAGAGCUUUUCGAUAUGUCGUUCGAUCACUGGGACAUCCCCUCGCUCUCCUGCCUCCGAGAAACAGCCGAGCGUCUGCAACGGCAGCGCUUUUUAGAAAGCCUGGGUAACUGGCAUCGAGUCCAAGACCAUGACUCAGGGUUCUUGGAUUCGAGGUACAAGGGGCCGAGGUACAGAUACCGCCGAAAAUACUGGUUCUCGGCAACCGCUGUCGCUAUAAGAUUCCUCAAACGCUUAUCGUUAACCCAACGUGGAUACUUGCACAAGCUGAUACUGAACGAAGACAGGAUCUCAGUUGGGUUUCCCGAGUCCCACGCGAUUGGGAUGAUUCACUUUUGCAAGGAGAACCCAAAGAUGCAUCUUGAACAACGUGUUGACGUCUGGAAUAACCUCGUCAUGAGCUCCGAGAGACCAACAGCCUACAGGCUGACCAACAUGUACUUUGAGCGAAGCGAGCCAGAAGCCGGAGAGUACUACUCCCUGUACGAUGUCUAUGCACCAGAUCAGGACUCCUAUUUCACUAAUUGGGUUGUGCAUGGGUUAGAGGUUGUAAAGGCAGGAAUGCCAGCAAGAUCUUGGUCUGUUGUAUUUGACGGAGAGCCUGACCUGAAUCUCGCUACCGAUCUGUUCACCACGAUUAUCAAGCGGACUAUUGUUUGGCAUACUUUUUACAGCGACUGCGUUUCUUUGGGCCUUUUUACAGACCCGAGCCAUCCUGAAUAUCCAUUCGCCACUAGCACAUCUGACAAGAGAGUUCCUGAACGGAUGAGAAGUUCAAUCUUCCAAUGCAACUUCAAUCUUGAUCGACCUUGGAACCUGGAUAAGAUAGCCGCUGAUCACAACGUGCACAAUGAUGAGCAUGAAGGGGACUCAAGUUUUUGGUUGAGAUCUACUGUGGAUGAUUCUGAGCCUAUAGAUUUCCGCAUUUCGAGCCCAGCGGUGGCCAUUGGAAAGCUACGCCUUGUUUACUUUGAGCGGGAAACGAUAUCAGACCAUUGA